CAGUGAGGUAAAAAUGUUUGCUUGUGGCCCCUUACCUCGUUUGGUGUUAAUAUAUGCAUUAUUGCAAUCUGGUAACGCUGAUUCUUCUAAUGAUGAUGGCGAUACAAAACCUAAUGUUGUGAUAUUUCUAGCAGACGAUCUUGGCUAUGGAGAUUUAGGUUGCUAUGGUAAUGAUAAAGUGGCGACGCCUAACAUCGAUGCUUUGGCAGCGGAGGGGUUGAAGUUUUCCAGGAUGUACUCUCAGCCCGUGUGCACGCCAGCCAGGGCUGCUUUACUUACAGGAAGUUACCCUGUGAGACAUGGUUUAAUGGGAGACUCCUUGGCUAUCUUCGGUCCAAACUGGCCUGUAUUUAGAAGUCAUGCCCAGCCAGGUGGGAUAGCCUGUAGCAGAGAUACCUUCCUACCUCGCAUCUUCCAGUUAUCAGGGUACCGAAAUGCCAUGAUAGGAAAGUGGCACCUGGGCAUUGGCAGAGAUGGGGAACAUCUGCCCAUGAAAUGUGGGUUUGAUGUAUUCUAUGGUAUUCCAGGGUCUCAUUGUGCAGGAUGUACCAGUGACGAGAAAUACAGACUGACUGACCAUGACUUGUUUGUGAGGUCUGUUUCUAGUCACAUUCCAGCCAUUAGUGCUGUUGUGGCUUUUCUUCUCACAGGUGUAUACAUGAACAUGAUAGGGAAGCAUGCCAUCGUGCUUAUCCUUGCUUGUUUCUGUAUUGGCCUGUUUCUACAUCGUGCAUUCUUCUUUUUGCUACAUGACAACCCUCUGUCUUGCAUUCUGAUGAGAAACAAGGAGAUCAUCGAGCAACCAUACAAAGAUGAUAAUAUGACACUGAGGAUGACGAAUGAGGCCAUAGGGUUUAUUUCAGAUCUGGACCAUGCUAAAACCCCCUUUUUCUUGUUCAUGUCAUACUUACAGCCACAUGUUCCCAGCUUCAGAUCUAAAAAUUUUGUGGGCAAAUCUAAGCAAGGACAAUACUAUGACUCUGUCAUGGAGAUAGACUGGAGUGUGGGUGUUGUUGUCAAACGACUUCAGGAGUUAGGUAUCAAAAAUAACACCCUGAUUAUUUUUGCCUCUGACAAUGGCCCCGAAAUCACUAAUCCUGUAAUAGAUAUACCCAACCCGCUUGAGAUGCAGGGUUCUACUCUGUACAAAUCAGAGCAGCAUAAGGCAGGUGUUGAGCUGUCAGGUGAAAAGGGUUCUGUGAGGGAAGGAGGCAUCCGUGUGCCUGCAAUCAUCUCAUGGCCAGGCCACAUUCCUCCAGGAUCUCAGUCAAAUGCUAUGACCUCACUAAUGGAUGUCUUCCCAACAGUUCAAGAAAUUCUUAAAAUUGGAAAUGUUAACCGAUUUAUUGAUGGUAAAAGCUUGACUCCAAUAUUCAAGAACCCAGGCUUAAUUAUCCACCAUGAGAUGUUACUUCAUUUCUGUGAUAUGAACAGUGUGGCUGCAGUGUCAUAUGGAAACUAUAAAUUGCACUAUCUCAGUGGAAAAAACAAUCACAGUUGUGCAGGAGCCAUACUUCAGCCCCCUCUUCUCUUCAAUAUUACAGAAGAUCCAGGGGAGACAACUCCUUUGCCAGUGUACGAACAUGAGCCACUUCUUCACAAGGUUCACAUGGAUGUUAUAAAGCAGCAAACCAGUUUAUUACCAAAAACAGUGGCUCAGUCUUCACAUUUUGCUAGGGUUCCACGUCCAUGGCUGUUUCCUUGUGCAAAUUUUCCUUACUGUCACAUUUGACUACCUGAGUAACAAAUUAUGAAUACCUAAUAAUCAAUAGUUAACUGUCAAACAUUUAUACAUAAUGUUGCUUUUGUCUGUGACAUAGUGGUUGUAUAUGUUUUGAGAACAUAAAUUUAAUGUAAAUAUAAAAACAAUACUGUUAAAAUGUAUAGGUAUAUAUCUUGUAAGAUUACCCACUUACGAUACAUAUGAUUUAAUGGCUCUUUCCAUACUACAUAUAUAUUUAUUCAUCAUUUUAAGAUUCUUUUCAUGCAUAUUUCUUGGAACCUCAAUGCCCUUGAAAAUAAAUUUAAUAAUUUUUCUCGACAAAGUGUAAGAUUGUAAUUUCAAAUUUCUUUUG